UUUCAACCUUCCCUUAUAAGCAAAUGCGCUCUUACAUCGUCGACUUAAUCCACUAGAAGAUCAUCUGCCAUAAUCACAGCAUUGAACCUGCAUUUCAUCCCGAAGCACUCGUACUCAACUGUAUAAUCAAGUGGUUUUCUCGUCACAGCUGAUACCGGGUCAAGCCGGUCUGGACUGUGGUGACAAAUUUGCCAACACAUUAGUUGAAAGUCAUCGCAGCAACUUCUAAACUGUCCAGAGUCCAGUACAUGCAAAGACUAGCGUAUCCAGUAUAACGGUCCACGCAACUGGAACGACCAAGUUUUUUUCUUUGGGAUUUUCCCAUCUAAGAGCACACGUCAAAAUACUGUGCCGCGCAAACCCAACCAACCCAUGAGCCAUGCGUGAGAUCAUUACACUCCAGCUAGGACAGCAGAGCAAUUAUCUGGGAUCCCAUUUCUGGAAUACUCAGGAGUCAUAUUUCACGUACGGCCAAGAUGGCGAAUCGCCAGUGGACCACGAUGUCCACUUCAGGCCCGGGCUAGGCGCUGAUGGUACCGAAACUUAUAUGCCCAGGACGGUAAUAUAUGACCUCAAAGGAGGAUUCGGCUCCCUACGCAAAAUCAAUGCGCUUUACGACGCCACAGAGGACGGGGUGCCUCAAGGGCUGUGGAACGGGCGGACUGUCGUGCAACGGGAGCAGCCCAUCGAACCCAGCGCAUACCAAGAAAGUCUUGACACGGGUGACGCACCACCAGAAUUGACGACGAGCACCGUUAGGUAUUGGUCAGAUUUCAAUCGCGUCUUCUUCCACCCCCGAUCUAUCGUUCAGCUCAAUGAGUUUGAGCUGAAUUCAACCGUGAUGCCCUUUGAAAAGUGGCAUAGCGGUGAAGAGCUCUUCGCUUCCUUGGACAAAGAUCACGACAUCCUGGACCGUGAUUUGCGUCCCUUUGUUGAGGAAGCCGAUCAGAUGCAGGGUGUUCAGGUCAUGACUGGCAUCGACGAUGCCUGGGGUGGGUUUGCGUCCAAGUACAUGGAGCGGUUGAGGGACGAAUACGGGAAGACCCCAAUCAUGGUCUGGGGGCUUCAGGAGCCCACAGUAGGAACCUCAAGGGAAAAGCGCCUGCUGCGGCUUGUCAACAAGGCACGAGCAAUUACUGACUUAUAUGCCCAAGCCUCUCUGCUCGUGCCUCUAGCAAUCCCCUCGGUAUCAUCAUCCCGAAGUGUUGCUUUGGACCGCUCUUCUCCCUGGCACGUCUCAGCUUUAUUCAAUGCGGCAAUAGAAAGCACUUCGCUUUAUACCCGACUGAAGACGUCAGACCGCACUAACUCGACAUCCCUUGGCCACAUGACUGACAUCCUAAACGUUUUCGGCAAGCAAACGAUUGUAAACUUGCAAAUUAGUCCCAUUUCACCUCCUAAGCCCGUGCAAAACGGCACCAAUGGGGCGGUUGAUGCGCCAUCGGGACGGGGAGAGCUGGUUGGACGCCCACAUGAGCUCGAAUACGAGGAUCAACCUGAUGCCAAUGCACAGAAUGACUUGACUACCCUUGAUGUCGACCUGUCUUCGCUAGACGAAACACUUGGACAAUCAGGUGCCCGAAGUCGGAGAAAGCCACAUUUGUUCUCCCAAGUCAGCACCUCUAGAGGUUUUGAGCCUGCUCAGCCCUCUGACGAAGUUGACUCCGACACCCCUCGUUACGGUGGUUUCAACCGACCAAAGACAUACCAGUACGAAUCACCCCUUGCCUUCCCCAUGCUCGAUAGCUAUCCCCGUAUCUUCCGAGACGGUGACAGCCACGUGAUUCAAAACCAGAUAAGAGUGAAAACGGUUCUCUCAACUGACUCAUCGGUCAUGGAUAAGAUGAAGGGCCUGCGAACGACCGUGGCCCGCUCGAUUGGAUUAGAGGACAGAGAGACAAUUGGCAAUGAGCUAGCCGAGAUUGCCGAGGGUUACAAGGAGGGCUGGUCUAGUGGAAGCGACGACGACGAUGAUGAGUGAUGUAACUUCUUUCCCGCAUGUGACCUCUAUCAACGCAAAUCUGAUAGCACAAUGUCGCAGCAACAGACGAUCGUCCUUGUUUGUGGCAUGAUGACUUUGAUUUUAUGGUGCGUCCACAUCGAGCCGAGUCAUUCUUCGUAUCGUG